UCGAAGGCGGAGGCGGCAGAGCAUUCUGUCAAAAGCCGUUUACAAAGACACCUUAUUCUAUGUUAAGGAUAUCUCUUUAGAAACAACCCGUACCUCAAAAGGCUGACAUAACAACACGAGUGGCUUAAACUGAAGUCUAAAAUGGAUGGAAUGUAUAGAUGGGGGCAGGCCCCACUGAACCAAGGGAAUCCCUUCAUAGAGAUCAUAGAACAGCCCAAACAGAGGGGGAUGAGGUUUAGGUACAAGUGUGAGGGCCGCUCUGCCGGAAGCAUCCCUGGAGAGAAGAGCAAUGACACCACCAAGACACACCCCACUAUCAAGGUGCAUAACUACAGCGGUCCCCUGCGUGUACGCAUCUCCUUGGUAACCAAGGACAUUCCGCACAAGCCCCACCCCCACGAGCUGGUUGGGAAAGACUGCAAACAUGGCUACUAUGAGGCUGACCUGCAGGAGAGACGAGUACACAGUUUUCAAAACCUGGGCAUUCAGUGUGUGAAGAAAAAGGAUGUGACUGAAGCAAUUACAUGCAGACUUCAGACCCGUAACAACCCCUUCAAUAUUCCUGAGGCUAAGGUGUGGGAAGAGGAGUUUGACCUGAAUGCGGCAAGGCUUUGUUUCCAGGCUUCCAUAACUCUGGCCACUGGGGAGCUCCUAGCUCUGGAGCCUGUUGUGUCCCAGCCUAUCUAUGACAACAGAGCACCCAACACUGCUGAGCUGAAGAUUUGCAGAGUCAACCGCAACUCUGGCAGCUGCAGAGGGGGGGAUGAAAUCUUCCUGCUCUGUGACAAAGUACAAAAAGAGGACAUCGAGGUGCGUUUCUUCCAGGACACUUGGGAGGGGAAGGGAACGUUCUCGCAGGCCGAUGUCCACAGACAGGUGGCCAUCGUGUUCCGGACGCCACCCUACCAUGACACCAACCUGACUGAGCCAGUCAGGGUCCAGAUGCAGCUGCGCCGGCCGUCCGACCGCGAGGUCAGCGAGCCCAUGGUGUUCCAGUUCCUGCCCUCAGAACAAGAUGAGUACAGGCUGAUACAAAAGAGAAAACGAACACAGGGAUUAUUUCAGAAUAUGAAACUGGUGCCCAUGAUACCUGCACCGAUGCCAGCAGAGAGUCCCAUGGCCCAUGGAAAGCGAACACAGGGAAUAUUCCCGAAUGUGAAACCAGGGGCCACGAUGCCUGCGCCCAUGCCAACAGAAAGUCCCAUGGCCAGGAGACCAGUCACUGUAAAGCCUCCGGUCACAAGUGUUCAACCUGGUGUGAACCCAGUGGUGUCCGGUGGUACCAUCCCUUCAGCGAAGAACCUGUCCUGCUUCAACCUGCAGCCAGGCCACCUGUUCUCAAACCAGCCAGAGGUCGCACCUGCUACCACCAAUCAGACAUGGAAUUUCCUUAGUAGCCUCACUCUAGACUCCCAGCCCAAAGCUACGCCGGUGUCCAGUUACUCCACCCAGGUCCGGGCGUCGGCUGCGGAGGCCUCCACAACCCAGGCCUACCCCACUGUCAACUUCAUGGAUAUCCCCGGGUUCUCCUUCUGCACCUUUUCCUCUGAGCCCCAGGUCAACAUGCCCCAAAAAGGGCCCAGCGUGGGGGACAACCCAGAACUCAGGUUUGAUGCUGAAGAUCUGUGUGAGUUCCCCAGUUUUGACGUUGGUUCCCAGGGCAACCUGGAAAGCCUCAAUAUGGAUGACGUCCGCGCUCUGCUGGAGGGCCAAGUGGAAGCGCAGGGCAAUGCCUCCGCCUUCUCUCAGGCAUCGUCCCAGCCAAGCUCCUCCGCCCUCCAGAACAGCAGCGUGCAGAACCCAGGCGAUCCAGCGUCCAAUACCGGUGGCUUCCCCUACAUGAACUACCCCAACAGCAUUGUCAGUCUGCUCCAAGACAAUGGCAUGAUGGACACUUUCCCUGGCCCCGCCGUUCAGCCGGUCUCCUUGGAGGACCAAGACUGUUUCAGCUCCAUUGACGAGGAGCGUCUUAUGUCCAUUUUCAGCGAUCCGCAUGCAGGUUUUGUGUCUGGAAACUAACCUACUUAAAGGUUGUCCUUUUCCCCCCUCACAGAUUCAUAAGUCUUCAAAUGAUUCAGGAACUUUGUCCCUUGAGACCCAAUUCAGCUCCACUUUCUUUGUAAUGUAAAUAGAAACCAAGGAAAAAACAAUUGGUGGUUAACUUGGUGUGCCACUUUUGUGACAUUAAUAUUUUUUAUUUUGAUACCUGAAGUACCUUUCUGAUACUAAUUGGACAGUGGUGAUAGUGGGACACAGCUUUAUUGGUCAGUUUGCCAUGGAUGGUGAAACACAAGGAUGAACUGCAUGAACUGGAAUGUCACCAUGAAAACUGUCAAACCUUAUAAUGCCCCUAAACUGGGUUCUAUUUGAACAUUGCACAGUGGUGCCAUGUGAUGCAUCUAAUAUUCAGGAGUGAUAUUCACUCUGGUCCUUGAAGACCCAGUCGUUAAAGUUUGCAAUAGUGCCUUCACAGUUUUGUACUUUACAUUUAUAUUAAAACAAGAGUAAUAGUGAUCGGAUAUACCAAAGCACCUUCUGUGUGUUUUGUUUGUCCACAAAGUAGAUAUUGUGGCCUUUCAAGACAAAGACUUUGAGACAAACAAGCUAUCACAAAACUGAAACUGUUAUAUUGUCACAGGAAGCAAUUAAAACAUUUGCUUGUCAACAAUUGCACUUCUUUGAAAGAUCAUCCAUGAAACACCAUACCAAACCACUGUCAGACAGGAAGCUCUUAGAAAAUAAUAAUUUCCCAAAUUUACUUUAAAUUGUAUGGUUAGAGUUAUACUAUCUGUAUGCUAUUGUUAGAUUGCUUUUUAUGUACAAGUCGGAAAACGUAUACUGUGCAUUAGUUGGGUUAACUGUGCUACUGUGUUCGGAGGGCAGAUUUGUAGAUAUUCUUCAGCUUUAGUGGUCCAAAAACAUUGGAAUGAUUGUUUUAAAACCAAAUAUUUUUCAGAUAGCAUUUUUUUUCAAGCACUAGAGAUGGGGUGUAUAGUUAUGUCUUGGUAUAAGAAAGCAUUACCACCAUUUUCUAUCUUUUAAAUCCGAGGACACUGAAGGUUGUAUAUAAAUAUCACCUUAAACUCAUGGAUGUUGUCUUUUCUGUUGUUGUACGUUGUAAUAUGUACACAUACAAAGUACAGAACACAGAUCGUCACCUAGGCUAAGUAAAGAAGUUCUAACUAAAAACAUAUAGCACAAUUCACAUUUCAGUACACAUAUAAAAACAUACUUUCUGUAAAUGUAAAAUGAUCUACAAAUGUAGUAAAUGCACUGACUUACUAUAAAGACUCAAUAUAGAUUGUUUUUCAAUUUUUUUGAUAUGCUCAUAUUGUUCAAUUAAUCAUAGAUGCUCCUAUCAAGUGUUUCUGUUCAAGGUCAGUUUUUAAUCCAAAACAUAUUUAGCUAGUGAAGCUUCCUUAUCAUUAAUUGAUGAAAGUGUAAGACCCUGUAUGUGACAAAUAAAAUUAUAACAAUCUAAAA